AUGCCACCAUCAGAUACAGACAAUCGAGACCGGCGGCGGCAGCGGUCGCCCCAUUCAUAUUCCCCUGACGCGACUGGUGGCCGAAGUAAAUAUGAACGUCGUGAAGAAAGGAAAAGGGAAAAGGGCUAUGAUAAUGGCUAUACGCGCCGACGACGAUCUCAAGACCGAUCACGAGAGCGACACAGGAAUAGACGAGACGAUGGUCAUAGGAAACGCGUAGACCGAUCGGUAAGUCCCAGGAGUCGAGAAAGGAGGGAUUAUGACUCUCAUCGAAGGAGGCGUCGCGAUUCACCCGAGCUUGAUGGCCCGAAAGAGGAACCUUCCGCGCGACAUGACAGACGUCGACGAUCCCCGUCAAGGGAUAAUGGAAGGCGGCGAAGGUCUGCGGAGAGACGCAGCCACAGUCGUUCUACACAAGCACCAGUCCGGUCGCGCGGCCCACUUCCAUCACAGAACGAUGCAUUCCAGUCCACAGAUAUCACAGAGACAAAUUCACCCGCACCCGUGAAAGAGAAGCCUAAUUUUGCAAAUACCGGGCGACUCGCUGCAGAAAGCAACACUGUCACUGUCAAUGGCGGCUCCGUGGUUUUGAAAUACCAUGAGCCGGCAGAAGCACGCAAGCCGCCUGUGAAGGACGACUGGCGGCUUUAUGUCUUUAAAGGCGAAGACCUGCUGGAAAUGGUACAACUUGGAGAGCGUAGCUGCUGGCUCAUUGGAAGGGAAAAGUUGGUAGUGGAUUUUCCCAUAGAACAUCCAAGUUGUUCUAAACAACAUGCAGCUAUUCAAUUCCGCUACGUGGAGAAGAAAAAUGAAUUUGGGGACAAGACUGGCCGUGUUAGGCCAUAUCUGAUAGAUUUAGAGAGUUCCAAUGGGUCGAUGGUCAAUGGGGAUGCAAUACCCGGCGGUCGGUUUGUUGAGAUACGAGACAAGGAUGUCCUCAAGUUCGGGCAUAGCACGAGGGAAUACGUGAUCAUGCUUUCGCAAGCAUGA